AUGGCCCUACCUACGAUAAGCGGAGAAACACUCGACAUUCGAUCUCCUCGUCCAAUUUCCCCCGACUCUGCCGAUCUUUCCUCCUCUAAUCCUUGCAACGAACAUGAGCCACACCAUAUCGGGGUCCCGGAUAGUGGCCGUCGGGCCUGGCUGGUUGUGUUUGGUGGCUUCCUCAAUUUUACAGCCUCUUUCGGCCUCCUCAACUCCUUUGGUACUUUUGAGGCACAAUAUGAACGCAGCAUGCAAUUGCCUACGUCUACCGUUACUUGGAUAGGCAGCUUGCAGAUGUUCAUUCUUUUCCUCAGCGGUAUCCUUGUCGGUCCUGCUUUCGAUAAAUGGGGAGCUCGCAAACUCAUGCUCUCUGGAACUUUCCUCUGCCUCGUCGCUUUCAUCAGCUGCAGCUUUGCUACAAGGUUCUAUCAGUUUCUUCUUGCCCAAGGAUUCCUGUUCGGCCUAGGCUGUGCACUUUUAUUCUACCCAACUACGAGCGCUGUCUCGGAAUGGUUUGAUAAAAGACGUGGUCUUGCUCUUGGUCUCGUCUGCUCUGGAGCCUCCGCUGGCGGAAUCCUUUGGCCCAUGGUCUUGAACGAAUUUUUUAUGGACUUUAAUGGCGCAAAGACUCAUCGGCUGACCGCAGCCAUCGCCAUCCCUAUGCUGCUCCUUUCCUGCGUCCUGGUUAGGGAGCGGCAUGUCCGACUUGCCGGACAUGAUAUGGCCGGAAACGAAGUUAAGGCUUCGCAAACCUCCAUCUCCAAGGCGAUUUGGGAUACCCGCUUCUUAGGGCUCAGCAGUGCGCUACUUUUCAUCAAUUGUGGGAUGAUGGUUCCCUUCUUUUACAUCCCGGGGUACGCCCAGGACAACGGCGUCGACACUACAAUGUCAAACAACUUGCUUGCCAUCUCCUAUUCCGCAUCGCUGGUCGGACGCAUCUUCACCGGAUGGGUUGCAGACCACAUUGGCAGGUUCAAUAUGCUUAUAUUGAUCUCCAUUUUAACCAGUCUCGCCACCUUCUCUUUUAUCUCGGCCAAGACGUUGACCACUUUUAUUGCCUUCUCGGUCUUAUUUGGUUUCUCAUCUGGUGGCAUUGUGCCUCUUGGUUCGGCUUGCGUUGCGCAGACAACGCCAGACAUGGGUCACCUUGGACUUCGAAUCGGCACCAUGAUGGCCAUUUCCUCAAUUGGCACUCUUGCUGGAGGCCCGGCCACAGGCGCUAUCAAAGGGGCAACGCAUGCUUGGCCUGGAGUUUUCAUUUUUUGCGGCGCUGUCACCAUGGCGGGUGCUGGAAUACUCUGCGCUGUCAGGGUGGUGUCCAACAAGCGCCUCGUAUUCUAG